UUUGGAAGAGGCAAAACAGUGAAUUUGGCAAACAUAUAAAUUGUAGUUGGGGUUCGCUCUGUAAUCAAUUUUUUUCUUGAAUAAGGCAGAAGCCGAGGCAGGAAUAAUGGGGAGACCGAAAGGAGAUGGAGCUAGAAGCAAGUCUCGUCCCUCUAGCAGCAGUCUUGCUGCUUCUUUACUGCCCCAAGGUUCUACGCCUGUCGGAUUUGGAGGCUAUAUGGGUUGUUCCCGUGUUGACUCAACUGAAGAUUCUCCCCCUUUCUUGGAUAUUGACAGUGAAGUGGCACAACACCUCAAGAGGCUUGCCAGAAAGGACCCUACUACUAAACUAAAAGCAUUGGCAUCACUAUCUCAAUUAUUCCAACAAAAGACUGCAAAGGAGAUAAUACCGAUAAUCCCACAAUGGGCAUUUGAAUACAAGAAGCUGCUACUGGAUUACAACAGAGAGGUUCGACGAGCAACUCAUGACACCUUGACAAACCUUGUUGGUGUUGUUGGAAGAGACGUUGCUCCAUAUUUGAAGUCUUUGAUGGGACCAUGGUGGUUUUCCCAAUUUGAUUCUGCCUAUGAAGUUUCCCAAGCUGCAAAAAGAUCAUUUCAGGCUGCUUUUCCAGCACAAGAUAAGAGACUAGAUGUCUUGAUUUUAUACACAUCAGAGAUAUUCAGGUACAUUGAGGAAAAUCUAAAGCUUACUCCCCAGAGCAUGUCAGACAAGAAUGUGGCAUCAGAUGAACUGGAAGAGAUGCACAAGCAGGUAGUUUCUUCAUCAUUACUGGCGUUGGCCACCCUUCUUGAUGUUGUCGUCACCGCACAAUCUGAACGGCCUGUUUCGGAAGCCGAGUCAAAGCGUGCUUCUAAAGCCAAGACCAUAGCUAUUUCAUUUGCUGAGAACUUGUUAUCUACUCAUAAGUUAUUUCUGGAAUUUCUGAAAUCUCAGAGCUCUGCUAUUCGCUCAGCAACAUAUUCAGUCAUGAGAAGUCUCAUAAAAAAUAUUCCUCAUGCUAUCAAGGAAACAGACAUGAUACAUCUUGCAGAUGCAAUACUUGGAGCUUUUCGGGAAACGGAUCCCUCAUGCCAUUCAUCAAUGUGGGAUGUGAUCUUACUGUUUUCGCGAAAAUUUCCAGAGAGUUGGAGUAGCUUGAAGAUUAAAAAAUCUGCUUUAAGUAGAUUCUGGCAUUUUCUUCGAAACGGCUGUUUUGGAUCGCAGCAAGUAUCAUAUCCUGCUCUCGUGUUAUUUUUGGAUGUUGUACCUGCACAAGCAGUUGAAGCACAGAAGUUUCUUCUUGAAGUUUUCGUGAAUCUGUGGGCAGGAAGAAGCUUGAGUUAUUCAUCACAGCUAGACCGUCUUGCACUUUUUAAAGCAAUAAAAGAAUGUUUUCUAUUUAGCCUGAAAAACACUGAUAGGUAUUCUGAUGCAGCAGAUUCCUACAGAUUUCAGCAGACACUUACAGAUCAGAUUCUCUUAAAGCUGCUGUGGCAUGAAUACCUAUUCUCUGUCAGCUCGAAGAACCAGGAGAGGGUCUUUUCUUCUAUGGAUUUUUCUUCUGGUGGUAUUCAACCUUCUCAUCAGGCAUCAAGACAACUUAAUGUCAAAGUUACAGAGGGUUAUGUGCAAGAUCUUGGGAAAUGCAUUGUUGAAAUCCUUUCGGAUAUCUUUUUUCUGGAACCUAAUUUGCUUUUGCAGUUCUGUUCAACAUUCCAAGAGACCUGCCUUGGUGUAUUUCAAGAAACAGACAGUUCUAUUGAGAAUGAUGAAGGGGUGACGGAGUUCUUGUCAGUAGUGAAUCAACAAGCAGUAAGGAAAGGUGAAACUUGGCCUCUAGUUUAUUUGGUGGGACCAACAUUGUCGAAGUCAUUUCCCUUGAUUAGAACACUUGAUUCCCCUAAUGCAGUGAGAUUUAUGGUGGCUGCUGUCUCUAUAUUUAGUCCGCGGAAGAUAAUUGAAGAGAUCUUUUGCAUUGAACCCGAAGGAAGACAAUUCUUGCAUGUCUUCAAGGAAACCUUUAUCCCAUGGUGCUUGCAGGCUAACAGUCCCACUACUAGCAUGCGGCUAGAUCUCUUGCUUUCGUUACUUGUUGAUGAAUACUUAGCGGAACAGUGGGCUAGCAUCAUUAUGCAUGCAACAAAUUUGGAAGAACUGAAAUCUGCCGAUGGGAUUGUGAACUCUGAUUGCCUUUCUCUAUUGACUAUGCUCAUUGAAAAAGCAAGAACUAGCAAUAGAAGCACUGUGCAAGUUCCCUAUGCAGCCCAUUGGCACCAUUAUCUGUUGGAUUCUGCUGCCGUUUCUGUUGUUCAAGCUUUUCCACCUUUUGGAACUUCCAAUGUUUCGUAUAUGCGUGCUGUUCUGGGUGGCAUAGCAGGAGAUGAUGAAACAAAAUUUCUGUCCCAAAGUACACUAGUACUAGUAUUUGAGGAGGUUCUUAAGAAGUUGACAGUUUUCAUGAUGGAUUCUCCCUUCAUAUGGGUCAAGGACAUGUGUUCUGUAAUACCUGUCAGAGACAAUAACACUGAACUGGGAUUUGAACCUUCUAUGGAUGUUAAUGAGAUGGUCGAUUUUGCUUUUCAAGUGCUUGAUGGUGGCUUUUCUGCAUUGAAAUGUUUGCAUCAUGAAGUUGAGCUGCUUUCAGGAAUCUUAGCUGCAAUGUUUAUAAUUAAAUGGGAAUGCAGCAUGGCUACUGUCUUCAACAAUGAACUUGGUGAAGAAUCCACAGAAAAAAUAAAGUCAAGGUUGGCUUCUUGUGAGCUAGUGCAUGCUCUCCAUCGCAAAAUUUGUAACCAGUUCCUAUUUAGUAUCAACCUAGAUAGUCGAAAGAUCCUGGAAAGCAUCUUGGUCCAGACUGUAAGGAGUGCUGUGCUUAAGGAUGAAAAUAUGGAUACUGCAGAAGUCACAUCUUUAUGCUCUCACUGGGUCCUUGAACUUCUUGAAUGUCUCUGUCAAGAUCAGUUUGAGGAACAAAAGCUGUUAGACAGAUUUCUAAGCCAGGAUGAUUCUUGGCCUGCUUGGGUUGCACCAGAUAUUAAAGUUGGGAAAGGAGCAGCUUUGGUGAAAACUGAGAGUGCUUCAAUUGAUACCCCAAAAGGUACCAGGUUUGUUGCUCUGAUAGACAGACUUAUACCAAAGAUGGGGUUUGAUAAAAUCAUUGCUGGUGCUGUUUCUAAUGUGUCUCCAUCUUUAACUGAGGAUCAUAGUAAUCAACCUACCACAACUCUGCAAUGUCAGUAUUCCCGUGCCUGGCUGGCAGCUGAAAUCUUGUGCACUUGGAAAUGGAAUGGCGGCAACGCCUUGUGCUCCUUCUUACCUUAUCUCUGUGAAUAUUUAAAUAGUGAAUGUUAUACGCCUGAGGAUGAGUUGUUAGAUUAUAUUGUCACCAUUUUGCUCGAUGGUGCACUUAUUCAUGGGGGAGUUGCAGAAUUGAGUCUUUCAAAUUUAUCUCCUGUUACAAAUGCGGAAAAUAUUAGAGAACCCUUCCUGAGAGCUGUUGUAUCAUUAGUGUCUAAACUUUUUGAAGAUAAUGUAUGGGGGAAAGCCAAGGCAGUAUUUCUUUUCAAUCAGCUUUUGAAUAAACUCCAUAUUGGUGAAACAAUAAAUAUAAAUUGUUUGAGGAUACUUCCUUCAGUUAUGGACGUAAUCAUUAGACCCUUGAGUGUUUCAUUCGGCCAAGACACUGCAAAAUUGCAGUCUGCUUCUUCUGACUGUUGUGAAGUGCAACAGGCUAUCAUGCACUGGCUCCAGCGAACACAAUCUUUUCCACCCUUAAAUGCAUGGCAAACGACAGAAGAUAUGGAAGUUUGGUUUCACCUUGUUAUAUCCUGCUAUCCUGUACGGCAAAUUGAAGGAGCGAAAGGGCUAAGACCAGAAAGAUAUGUCAGCUCUACUGAGAGAAUGUUACUGUUUGAAUUAUUUCAGAAGCAGAGAAAGAAUUCAGCAUUAUCUGUUAUAAACAAGCUGCCGGUUGUGCAGAUUUUGUUAUCAAAAAUGAUUCUGGUUGCAGUUGCUUAUUGCUGGGAAGACUUUAGUGAGGAUGAUUGGGAGUUUCUCCUAUACCGUUUUAGGUGGUGGAUUGAAGCAGCAGUUGUUGUGAUGGAGGAAAUUGCUGAGAAUGUGAAUGGUGUUAUUACGGAUGGUUCUAGUUGUGAACAUUUGGAAGUUAUGCUGAAGAGGAUCAACGAUACCGUUUUAGUGGACUCUUCUCCAAUAAAACUCGGAAGCAAUGCUCUAAUUGGAUUUUCUUCAUUUUGCAAUUUAAGUGGUAUUGAAGCAAAAGAGCCUGUUGAUGUUUCUAGUCCCUUGAAAAUUGACAGAUGGGAGAUGGCCAAACACCGAAUUAUAGAAGCUGUUCUUCGGUUGUUCUUUUCUACUGCUGCUACCCAGGCUUUGGCAAGUUCUUAUAGUAGUGAAGCUUCUUCCAUUGUAGCAUCGUCUAUUCUUGAUCAUUCUCAGUUCUGGGACUUAGUGGCUUCACUGGUUGUCGAGUCCUCUUCAACUGCAAGAGAGAAGGCAGUAAAAUCAGUUGAAAUCUGGGGCCUAAGUAAAGGGCCAGUUAGCUCUUUGUAUGCAAUGCUUUUUUCUUCCAAGACACUUCCUUCCCUAAGAUGUGCUGCUUAUGUUAUUCUUUCAACUGAACCUGUGUCUGACUUAUCUUUGUACACUGUCGAGAAGACAUGUUCCUCUGGUGGAGAUGCCUCCAACAACCAGGAUACUGACGGUUCUGCUGAAGAAAGUCUCCAUCUUAGGGCAGAAGUUUCUUCCAUACUGGAAAAGCUACCAUAUGAUGCUCUGCAAAUGGACUUGCUUGCAUUUGAACGGAUAAAGGUCUUUCUAGCUUGGUCUUUGUUACUUUCACAUGUAAUAUCACUACCAUCAUCAUCACCCCUGAGGGAGAGAAUGGUUCAAUACAUUCAAGAAUUUGCUACUUCAACAGUGUUAGAUUGCCUUUUCCAGCAUAUCCCUUUGGAAUUUUGUGUACCAUCAAGCUUGAAAAAGAAGGAUUCAGAACUUCCAGCUUCAGUGUCAGAAGCAGCAAAAUCUGCAACCCGUGCCAUCACUUCUAGUUCUGUAUUAUUUUGCUUGGAAUCGCUUUGGCCUGUCAGACCAGAAAAAGUUGCUUCACUUGCUGGUGCAAUUUUUGGCCUCAUGCUUUGUGUUCUUCCCGCUUAUGUUCGAGGGUGGUUUAGCGCUAUACGUGACCGUUCUACUUCGUCUGCUAUUGAAUUUUUCACUAGAGCAUAUUGUAGCCCCCCUCUGAUUAUGAAUGAACUCUCUCAGAUUAAAAAAGCCAAUUUUGCUGAUGAUAAUUUCUCUGUCACCGUGAGCAAAUCUGCUAGUGAAGUGGUGGCUACCUACACAAAAGACGAAACAGGAAUGGACCUAGUAAUUCGUCUUCCGGGAUCUUACCCUCUGCGACCUGUGGAUGUAGAUUGUACCAAGAGCCUUGGCAUUAGUGAGGUUAAGCAGAGAAAGUGGUUAAUGUCAAUGAUGUCAUUUCUUCGUAAUCAGAAUGGUGCCCUAGCUGAAGCCAUUUGCAUAUGGAAGCGCAAUUUUGACAAGGAAUUUGAAGGUGUGGAGGAAUGCCCCAUAUGUUACAGUGUCAUUCACACUUCAAAUCAUAGCCUCCCACGGCUAGCUUGCAAAACCUGCAAACACAAGUUCCAUUCAGCCUGCCUCUACAAGUGGUUCUCUACUUCUCACAAGUCAACUUGUCCAUUGUGUCAAUCUCCUUUUUGAUGUAUCGUUCAAAGUGGUGAUGCCUUAGUGCCGUAAAAUGUAAUUCACCCUUUGCCGAGUUUGGUGAAUAUGACCAUAUUUGUGGGUUGCUAUACUCUUCCUACAGC